ACCAUACCUACUUCCUCCCCCCCCCCCGUGUCCACCCCCCGGUUCAGGGCUUCUCACCCAAGCGCCCUGACUUCAUCCCCGUCUACCUGUCCGCAUUUCUCUCUUCCGCUCGACGGUUUCUCGACAUUAUUAUCUUCUCCUACCUCCCUCCUGAGGGGUUGAUUGAUUGAUUGAUCGUUCGAUCGAUCGUCGAUCAGGCUCGUGCGAUUUGGCCGUGGAAAAUGGCCCAACAACAGAGUGACGACAAUGUCAUGCGAAGAAAGUUGGUUAUCAUCGGCGAUGGUGCUUGUGGGAAGACCAGUCUUCUCAGCGUCUUCACCCUUGGCUACUUUCCAACCCAUUAUGUCCCUACCGUUUUCGAGAACUACGUAACAGAUUGUCGGGUGGAUGGACGGUCUGUCCAAUUAGCCUUGUGGGAUACUGCGGGACAGGAGGACUACGAGCGUCUGCGCCCGCUGGCCUAUUCCAAAGCGCACGUCAUCUUGAUCGGGUUCGCCAUCGACACCCCAGACUCGUUGGAGAAUGUAAAGCAUAAGUGGGCUGAAGAGGCAAACGAACGAUGUCCAGGCGUGCCGAUCAUCAUAGUGGGCUUGAAGAAAGAUCUCCGAGACGAUCCCAUGGCGAUCGAAGAGAUGCGGAAGAAGUCAUUACGGUUCGUCACGGCCAAGGAAGGUAAUGACACCUCCACGUCGCUCGGCGCGAGGAAAUACCUCGAGUGUUCGUCCUUGACCGGCGAGGGAGUCGACGACGUCUUCGAAGCCGCCACGCGGGCCGCCCUCCUGACGUUCGAAAAGCGAAAAAGUUCGUGCUGCAUUGUCCUGUGAUGGAUCCAAGUCGCAUUGUAACUCCAACGACUUUCUCCCACCAGUCAGAGACACGCCUCCGCCCGGCCUUCAAUACAUGUU